AUGUCGCAGUUGAUGAAUAAAGCCAAGGACUUCGUCUCUGAUAAAAUCAGCGACGUGGCCAAGCCUGAAGCGAGUCUCACCGACGUCGACUUUACGCGUAUAACCAUGAACAAUGUGGAGUACUUGGCCAAAGUUGCUGUUCAUAAUCCAUAUUCACAUCCACUCCCUAUUUGCGAGAUCAAGUACUCAUUCAAAAGCGCCACUAGAGAGAUAGCAUCAGGGACAAUACCUGAUCCAGGAUCAUUGAAAGCAAAGGAUACAACAAUGGUGGAUGUACCUGUGAAGGUGCCGUAUAGCAUAUUGAUGAGUUUGGCAAAGGACAUUGGAGCUGAUUGGGAUAUUGACUAUCAGUUGGAUUUGGGUCUUGUUAUUGACCUUCCUGUUGUUGGUUACUUCACCAUUCCUCUUUCUCGCAAGGGAGAGGUUAAGCUUCCAAAACCUUUCUAG